AUGACGGCGGAUGCGACGCCAACCGGUGGCGCCGCGCGCACACAUUCACAUUCUUCCCGCCGCUCAUCUAGCCAUAGCCAUAACCAUGGCCAUCACCGCCGCCGCAGCAUCGACUUCUCGCGGUGGCACUUCGACAUCGAUUCCGUGCUGAACCCGUUUGUUCCACCGCCGCCAUGGCACUGGAUGCCGCGCCCCGUCUCUCAUUUCCUGGGGUAUAGAGGGGAGCAUCCGCAGAAGGCGAUGGGGAAUCUCGUCAUUGCCUUCUGGUCCCUCAUUGGUGUUUUCUGUGGCGUGCUGCUCGUUGCGGAGGUUUCGCUUCAUGUUCCCGCUUUUCAGAACCAUAAUGCGCCGCUUAUUGUGGGCUCUUUUGGUGCAGCAGCCGUGCUGGAGUUCUGCGCCGUCGAGUCGCCCUUUGCUCAGCCUCGAAAUGCAUUAUUUAGCCAACUGAUCGCGAGUGUCAUCGGGGUUGCAAUUGCGAAGCUGUUUGCCUUGAACCCUAGCGCGCAGAAUAAACCCGAGCUUGCCGGAUCCCUCUCUUGUGCUAUCACCACGACGCUGAUGGUUCUUACGAAUACGGUUCACCCGCCGGCCGGGGCGACUGCGCUACUCGCCGCCACGGAACUCCACGACGUGGGCUGGUGGCUGAUCCCGAUCAUGUUGCUGGGGGUUGCUCUGAUGUUGACGGUGGCGCUGAUACUUAAUAACAUCCAGCGCCGGUUCCCUGUGUAUUGGUGGACGCCUCACCACGUUGGCAGGGCGAAGAUGCAGCCGAAAGAGUCGCAGGAUAUUGAGAGCGCGCCGGAGGUCAAGCCAGAGAAUGAAUUUGGGUCGUCGGAGUCUGAUGACUACUCGGAAGACAUGCAGGUCAUUAUUCGGCCUGGGAAGGUUGAGUGGUCUGACAACCUCUGGCUGAAUGCGGAUGAGAAGGAGGUUUUGGAAAGGAUUAGUGAGCGGAUGAAGGAGUAA